AUGAAGUACAACGUCGCGCAAUUGCUGAAAGAAGCAAUCGGAUCACAUCGUAAUUUCGACAUUGAGGAGGAUAUCUGCGACGCCGAACAUCCCAUGGAACAUGUGCGAGGCGCGGUGGACAUGGUGCGUACGCACCAAGGGAUAUGGGUCCAAGCACGGUUGGUAGUCCGCGUGCCGCAAUAUUGUUCGCGGUGUCUGGAUGCGUUUUCGCGCACGAUACGGAUCGAACUGGACGAAGAAUACUUCCCUGAAGUUGACGUCAAGACAGGCAUGAGCGCUUUGCCGCCCGACGAAUGGGACGCGUUGUGCAUUGCCGCGGACCAAAACCUGGAUCUAGCGGAGGCCACCCGUCAAGCCACGCUGGCAGCCAUGCCAUUGAAGCCGCUGUGCAAGCCGGAAUGCGUAGGUAUCUGCGAUCGCUGCGGUUGCGACCGCAACCAAGGCCCAUGUGACUGUUAUAAUCGUGAAAUCGAUCCAAGGUGGGCUGCGCUGCGCUCGCUAAUGGAUGAGCAACAACUCUGA